CAGGCCAGCUGUUGCUUGCUGUGGCCCCCUUCCUCCCCAGCAGCAGCAGCAGCAUCUCUGUCCUAUAUUGCCUUGUCUGAGCUGUCCGUCUAUUACGGAGUAUUGCAAAGCAGAUCUAGGCUCCUGAUAGACGGUCUUUUUGCUGGCUGUAUAAGGUUUUUUUUUUGGGCCGGACAGGGCCCAAGUUCAAGGGUUGAUCCUGAAGAAUCAGAGCAAAGCCAUAGUGCAGGUCUUAAGAAGAUGGGAUGAUAUCCACACGCUGGCGGUGCCCCUCGCUUCACUCGCCUGCCAGCGUGUUAUUUUUCUUGCUUGGCCAUAGGCUCACCAGGUUGGCGUCUCGCAUGAUGGCCUUUUGUUAUUCGCUUCCUCAGGGGGGGAACCCAUGGCUUAGGGUUCUCGUUCUUGUGCAUGGCUUGCAAGAAAAAUAAUAAUACGACCAACCGUAUCCACACCCCUUCUCUUGCUGCCAAUCUCCCUUCUUGAUUUCUACUGCUUAGAGUUGCCUCACGUUCGUCAUGGGCGGGAAGUAACACGGAAGCAGUCCCUUGGGAAGGGAAUAUCUCCACUCAGGGUGCCAUGGGAUUGGGAUUCUGUUCCUCUGGCUUUGGGCGUUUUUUUAACCCUUUGGUUCUUCUUCCUGUUCCGUGAUCUAGUUCUGUCAAACAAACACCCCAAGGGCGGUCUGAUGUGCCUCAGAGAUGGGAGAGUACUUGUCCGUUAUGGAAGAUAGGAAUCUUCCCGUUGUCUCGGGGGCCUUCGCCACUGUUCUGAUCAUUGGAGCCGGUACCACAGGACUUGCACUAGCUCAAGGAUUCAAGAAGGCCGGAAUUGCAUGCACCAUAUUUGAGAAGCACAAGAGCCUCAAUGCAUUACCGAGGGACUGGAAUAUGGGCCUCCAUUGGGGCGCCGUAGCCCUACAGGGAGUCCUCAGCUGUGAACUAUGGGACCAGAUUGAGACUGUCCAUGUCGACCCGAGCAAGCCGGUACCGGAAAAGGACGUGCUGAAAUUCAUCAACUCCAGCAACGGCGAGCUCAUGUCAGAAGUGCAUGUCUCCAAGUUCUACCGCCUACGUCGUAGCAAGCUGCGGUCCUUGCUCGACGACGACCUGGAUAUCCGGUACAACAAGGCUCUCAAGGACAUAACGAUGUCGAGGGACGGCCGGACGGCCACGGUUCACUUUGAAGACGGCACCUCUUCCACCGGCCAGUUCGUCAUUGCUGCUGACGGGGCCCGUUCAACCGCCCGCCAGCUCCUGCUCGGCAAGAAAAGGGGCGCCAUACGGCGUCUGCCAUACGCAGCAACUUUUGUGCAUGCCAGAUUCACGGCCGAGCAGGCCCUGUAUCUCCGCAGCUUUCAUCCUCUCUAUAUCGCCGGCAUCCAUCCGUCGGGGUACUUCUCGUUUUUCGGCAUGCACGACGCUGAGGACCCAGACAGGCCCGAGACAUGGACGUUCUUCUUCUAUAUCUCGUGGAAAUACAGCCUGGAAGAACAAGACCGGACCUCUUCCUGGUCCAACAAGCAGCGUCUCGACCAGGUCAAGUCCUUUGCCAAAGACUUCUGCGAUCCCUGGAAGAGCGCGUUUGAAUGGAUACCCGACGACCACCAGGCGUGGUACAUGGGCCUGACGGACUUCGACCCAGGCUCAGACGGCCAUUACUGGAACAACCACGGAGGCAGAGUGACGCUCGCUGGCGAUGCUGCUCAUGCCAUGACAUACCAGCGCGGCCAGGGGCUCAACCACUCCGUCACCGACGCUGCGAAGCUUGUAAAUGCCGUCACGGAUGCGGUAUCCGGCCUCUCGUCUCAGGCUACCUCGAUAUCAGCGUACGAGGACGAGAUGAUUGCCAGAGCCGGAACUGAGGUCAGGCUGUCGACUGUCAAUACCGAGAUGCUGCAUGACUGGGAGCGGGUGCUCGCGUCUCCAGUGCUGACCUCGGGGAUGAAACAUAAACACUGAUGAAGUCAUGAAGAGAAGAUUAUGAAACCCGGCGGAUAUCUCCCUUUGUUUUUUUGCUUGAUGCAUGUCAUGUUUUGGCGGUUUAUCUGUACUAAUUUUGGUCUUUGGGCUGGCGUUGUGAUCUUCUUGUGAUAUCUUCUUGCUGAUAUAUUUUGUUUCUUAUAUAUGCCUGCUUGGCCCCUUGACUUCGCCCUUCUACCCUUCUACCCUUCU